AUGGGCGAUCAAAAAAGUCAAAAGUCGGCAUCGGGAGGAGGAGGUGGGACGGGAGCGGCCGGUGGCGCAUCAUCGACGGCAGCUGCCUCUGCCACGACAACGACGACAACGUCGUCUGCGGCCACACCAGUCACGACGCCGCAGCAACAGCAGCAACAUCAUCAGCCGCCGCCUUCGCAUCAUCCGCAUGCGCAGCACCCACAUCACCAUCAGCAGCCGCCUCCACCACCGCCGCCCCAUCAUGCACAUGGGCCCCAUCCGCUGCAUAUGCCGCCCCAUCCACACCAGCACCACCAUCCGCACCAUCAUCCGCCGGGACCGCCUGGCGCGGGCGGUGAUCAUCAACCACCCCCGCCGGGUCAUGGGCCACCGCCACACCAUGGUUCGCCCUACGACCACCACCAUCCGGUGCCGGUGUCCGGCCCGGGUGAUGCAACGAACGGCGGAGGAGGCGGCGGCGGCUCGGGGACGGGCGGCAGCGGAAAGGAUGAAUCGCUGCCCCCUCCACACCAUGGCCAUGGACCUCCACCGCCACCACCCAUGGGUCACCAUCAUCAUCAGAUGCAGCAUCACGGGUAUGGUCAGCCGCCGCCACCCCCGCCCGGUAUGCAGCACCAGCAGCAGUAUGCGCCCCGCUACCACCAUCACCAUCCCCAUCAUCCGCACGAUCCGAACGUCGGGCAGCCGCCCGGGGCCGGUGGAGCGCCCGAUCCGUACGCACACUAUCACGCGCAUCGGAUGGGUGCGGCAGCGGCCGCCGCAGCAGCUGCCGCAGCGGCUGCUGCCUCGUCCGGUGGUGCCGGUGGUGGAAGCGGUGCGGGAGGUGCGGGCACCCCGCCGCCACCACAGCAUACCGGCGGCAAACCGGCUGCCGCGGCCGCCGCUGCAACAGCAGCCGCCGCCGCAGCGGCAGCAGCAGCCACCGGCAGUCCGAUGCAUGGGCGGCACAGCCGCUACAUGUCUCAGCAGCCGACGGCCGCUGGUGCGGGCGGUGCCGGUGCCGGGCAGCCACCACCUGGCGGAGGUGCCAAUGCGCCACCGCCCAGUGGACCAGCGGCGGGCGGCCCUACGCCGACGCUGAACUCGCUGCUACAGUCGCAUCCACCGCCGCCACCGCAUCCGGGUGCGCCCCAUCAUCGUUAUCCUCCGGCCAGUUACGAUCCAUCGGCGCCCCAGGGACAACAGCCGCCCGGGCCCGGUCAGCCGCCGGGUCCUGGUGGGGGGCCACCACCACCCGGUCAAGGGCAGCCCGGCAUGCAUCCGUACCAUGGUGGACAUCAGCAGCAGGGUUGGGCACCGCCGCCCCGACCAUACAGUCCACACUCGCAACCGUAUCGGCCACCACCACCGGGUAAUACCGGACGAGGACAGUCACCAUAUCCGCCGGGCCCACCGGGUCAAGCGCCGCCCGGCAGCUAUCCUCCAUCGCAACCCCCGGGUCAGGGUUCGCAGCUGCAGCAGCAGCCACCACCCGGUCCACCGCAACCGGCCGUUAGUCAACCGGGCGCUGCAGCGGGUGGUGGUCCACCCGGUCAGGGACCGCCGCCGGCGGGUACCCCUGGUGGGCCCGCUGGCGGUGCACCCGGCCAGUCACCCCAGCACCAGCAUCCACCCACAUCGCAGGGUCCGCCCGCCAAUACUCAGUAUACUCCUUACCAGCCGCAGCGCUAUCCAACGCCCGGUGGUCCAAACGCACCGCCGAACCAUCGUACGCCGUAUCCUCCGCAUCAGUACGAACCGGUCCGGUCGUGGCCAUCGCCAGCCGCUAGUCCAGGACCGGGACCGGGACAUAUGCCUCCCUCACCACACGGUCCGCCGCAAAGUCCUGGACAGCAGCAACAGCAGCAACACAGUGGUCCCAGUCCAUCGCCGCAGCCACCACAACCAGCACCAUCACCGCAUCAGGAUUCCACGGGUCAGAAUAGUAAUGACAGUACGGCAGGAGGUAGCGUCGGUGGGCCUGGAAACUCCACAGGGCCGUCAGGCGUUCACGGUGCACCCGGUACACCGAACUCCUCCUCCUCUUCUUCGUCGUCUCAGGGCAUGAGGCCAACGCCGUCGCCAACUGGUUCUGGUAGCGGAUCGCGCUCUAUGUCGCCGGCAGUAGGCCAGCAAAGUGUUUCGAUGCCUCCUCGUCCAUCCAGCAGUCACUCGCAAGCUCCAAAUCAACAGCACGGCAACAGUAGUAGCAAUCUCGUGCACGGCAACCAGACACAGGGACCGCCAGGACCGCCGGAUCAUCACGCCCGCGUUGCUUCACCGAAUCGUCCCCCGUCGGCUUCCGCGCAGCAACUUCCGCCAGUGUCAACUGCCCCGUCCGGGAGUUCCUCGUUGCCACCCGCGUCUCAGGCAGGUGGUGGAGGCUCGGCCGGUACAGCGGCAGGCAUGGCCGCCCAAGGAUAUCAGGCGCAAGCGCCCCAUCCACCACACAUGCACGGUGGUCCGUACAAGAUGGGCCCCGGAGGAAUGCCUCCGGGAGGACCCGGACAGCAAAUGUCCCCGUAUCCGCCCCCACACCAACAGCCACCACCGCAGUCGCAGCAGUAUUCACCACACUCGCCCGCGAGUUACUCGCCGCGUCCGCAGUAUCCGGGAGCGUAUGGGCCUUCACCACCCGUACCGGGACCACCGCCACCACCAGGGACACAGUCACCUCAGGGUCCACCGGGGAGCGGUGGGCCACCGCCACCACAUCCACCGCCCGGUGGCUAUCCGGGGCAACACCGAAUGCCUAAUCAUGUGGGUGCUGGUGGACCGCCACCACCACCGCACUCACAGUACCCUCCGCACCAGUAUCCACAUCAGCCACCCAGUCCGUGGGGACCACCACACACACAGGCCGGGCCAGGUGGAGCCGGUGGCGGCCAUGUAAAUAAUCAUGUACAGCAAUCGCAACAGGGACAGAGCGGUCCACCGACGCCUGGCGGUGCCGGAGGUCCCCGACAGGGCAAGGGAAUGCCGCCGGGACCACCGGGAGCUGGCCAUCCGCAAUCACCCCAGCAGCAGCAGCAGCAGCAACAUUCUCAACACCACCAGCCACCGCCACAUCAUCAACCGCACCAUCAAGGGCAUCAUCAGCCGCCGCACCAUCCGGGUCAGGCCCAGUCCCAGCAACCUCCUCCCCAGAGCGGUUCACCGCAACCGCUCAACUACCUAAAGCAACACCUUCAGCACAAGGGUGCUUACAGUGGCGCACCGAGCCCAACGCCACCACCCGGCCAAGGCUAUGGGAACGGUCCCGGCAUGCAUCCACCGAUGGGUCCACCUCACCACAUGGGCCCACCGAUGGGGCUACCGCCACCACCGAACGCGAGCAGUAUGGGUCCACCACCGCCGGCCGGUACGCCACCGAGCCAGUCACCGUCCGGUGCGGGUGGUAGCGGUGCGGUUGGACACCAGGUGCAGCAUCCGUCACAGCAAGACAGCGGACAUCCGCCUUCACCCCAUCAGCAGCAACCUCCAUCGCAACCGCAGCAUCCGGGUCAGCAAACGCAGCAACAGCAGCCUCCUCCCCACUCGCCCCAUCACCAUCCGCACGGGCCACCACCCCAUGCGCAGCACCAACCAGGACACCAUCCCGGUGCCGACGUGCCACCGCAGCCACACCACGGGCUGUUGGCAGGCGCGGGCCAGGAUAAUGGCAUCGUAAAUGCGACUGGCGGACCAGGUGGAGGAGGAGCAGGAGGAGCAGGAGGUCCCCAUCAUCACCAUCAUCCUCAUCAUCACCACCCAGUUACCUCACUCGUUACGACGGGACCUGAUGGCGCACCACUCGACGAAGCCAGUCAGCAGAGUACCUUAUCCAAUACCUCAGUAGCUUCCGGAGAAGAUCCUACGUGCUCGACGCCGAAAUCGCGGAAAAACGAUCACUACAACCAAAGCCAUUUGACGGGCACCAACACACCGUCGUCGUCGAAUGCGUCGCCCGGGCCGCACAACGCACACGAAGACUUCGAGCUCAACUCGUCCCCGACGUCCUGGCCCCGGACGCCAGCUAGUCCAGUAUUUAACAGUCACGUUCCUCCCACACCGGAGACACCCUUUAGAUCAACUAAGCAGAAAUCGGACAGCCUCAACAAGCUGUACGAGAUGGACGACAAGCCGGAUCGGCGCGUGUUUCUGGACAAGCUGCUGGCGUACAUGGACGAGCGGCGCUCACCGAUUACGGCGUGUCCGACGAUCUCGAAGACACCGUUGGAUCUGUACAAGCUGUACGUGUACGUGCAGGAGCGCGGCGGGUUUGUUGAGGUGUGUAAGGUUACCAAGAGCAAAACGUGGAAGGACAUCGCCGGUAUGCUGGGCAUUGGUGCGAGCAGCAGUGCGGCCUACACGCUGCGGAAACACUACACGAAGAAUCUGCUCCCGUUUGAGUGCAAGUUCGAUCGGGGCGGUAUUGAUCCGGGCCCGAUCAUUGCGCAGGUGGAAGCCGGUUCGAAGAAAAAGUCCGCCAAAACAGCCUCCGUACCGUCGCCAGGAUCAUCCAAUUCGCAAGAUUCAUUUCCAGCGCCUGGCAGCAGUAGUGCCUCGAUGGAUGGGUAUGGACCGUACCCGGGUAGUGGAUAUCCGCCCGGCUCCACACCAGAUUAUGUGCAGCAACAACAGCAAGGCACUGCCGGUGGUCCACCUGGUGGUGCAGCAGCCGGUGCACAGCCGGGACCGGGACAGCAGCAAACACCACAGCCUCAGCAAAGGCCACCAUCACAGCAGAGUGGCACCCAGUCUCCUCAUCCAGGUUCUGCACCGCCUGCCUCUGGCGAUAACAUUAGCGUGAGCAAUCCCUUUGAUGAUCCCGUGGGUCCACAGCGUCCCCCGUAUCAACAGGGCGCUCCCUAUCCACCGGUUUCACGUCCCCAAGGCGCACCCUAUCAGGGACAGCCCGGUGGCUAUGGGCAGUAUGGUGCUCCGGAACAGUACGGUCCGUCGGCUGGUACACCACCCGGCCAGUAUCCACCACCACCCGGUCAGCAGGGACAGUAUCCUCCAACGAAUCGGCCGCUCUAUCCUCCAUACGCACCUCCGGAAGCUGGAGAAGGAUCUCUCUACAGAGGCACACCACCAUCGUCGGCGGCCGGUGUACCCGGUCCUCCAUCUGCAGCCGACCCGUACCGUGGUUACGGCGGCUCACCGUACCCUCCGCCACCGCAACAGCGACCCUAUCCACCGCAACAGCAGCCCGUCGGUAGUGCAGCAGCCCCAGGCGUUCCUCCAGCCGGUACGCCACCGAUUCCGGGACAAGCGGGCGGUGCCUCCCAGGGUCAGGUACCGCCGCCGGGUGUUCCACCCUCACAGCAGCAACAGCAGCAACCGCAGCAAGGACCUCCGCCCCAGCAGCAGCAGCAGCAGCAGCAACCUGGCGCACAAGGACAACCUGGUGCACCCGGAGGCUAUUCGGCACCGGUCGGUCAACCGGGCGUACCUCAGUCAGCGGCCGACUACUACCGUCAGCAGCAGGAACAGGCUCUUCCCUAUCCACAGCCCAACCAGCCACGCCGUCAUCCGGAUUUCGAAAAGAGCCAGCAGCCCUAUCCUCCAUACCAGCAGCGGCCUCAGAUGUACCCAGGUGGAUGGCAGGCCGGUCCCGGUGGUCAAUACCGUGGUCAGUAUCCACCGCAGAGUCCUCAGCAACAGUGGGCACACAACGGUCCCAGACCGAGCGGCCCCCCAGGCCCGCCUGGUGCCGGUGGUCCUCCAGGAGGUCCACCGGGUGCUCCGGGUCAGUGGGGUGCGGCAGCGGAUGUUAAUCGCUACCCACCCAACCAGCAACAACCACCUUACCCAACGCAUCAGCAGGGCCAACAGCAACCCUGGAAUCAGAUGCCACCAACGUCACAGAAUUCACCGCUUCGGCCACCGUUACGCAGCGGCAAACCGUAUCCUCCGAUGGCGGGAGCAGCCGGGCCCGGUGUUCCGGCACCACCACCCGGUUCCAUGCCUGGAAUGCCACCUGCCAGCAUUAAUACGCCACCGCAGCAGCCGCCGGGUGUGGUGGUGGGUGGUUCACCGGGUGGAACGGCAUCAUCUGGACCGGUCGUUCCUGUUUCCGGCGGUGUUCCGCCCGUCGUUCCCUCCCCAGGUGGGGUAGGGCCGGGCAGUGGUGGCGGCGGCGUCGGCGGCGUGCCUUCCGCUGCUGGUAAUGCCAGCGGCGGCGUAGUACCCGGUGUACCACCAGUACCAAAUGCUGCGUCGCCCACCGUUAAAGCACAGCCAGCUGUGCUGCAGGGGGGCGGCGGCGGACAGGUGCAACCGGCUGGACCCAACUUCCAACCAGCAGGAACCGGCGGCGGUGUACAGCAAAAGCGAGACAUUGUCUUUCCGUCGGACAGUGUGGAGGCGACCACACCCGUACUUUACCGAAGGAAGCGCAUCACUAAGCUUGAUAUUGGGCAGACGGAUGCGUGGCGGAUAUUUAUGGCGCUACGGUCUGGGCUGCUGGUCGAAAGCACGUGGGCGUUGGAUGUGUUGAACAUUCUGCUGUUUGACGAUACAUCCGUCGCUUACUUUGGGUUGGCGCAUAUGCCAGGACUGCUGAACUUGCUGCUCGACCAUUUCCAGAAGAGUCUGUGCGAUAUGUUCGAGAGUGGCAAAAAGCAGGGCACAACCAACCGGUUCAGUGUGGAAGGAACUGGCCGUGCUGCGUUGCUAGACCGUAUGCGAGACAUUGACGAUGAGGAGGAGCCAGCCGAGAAGGAGCCGACGGGUGGUCGUAAGACUUCCUCCGUGAUCAAUUCGGUGACUGCUUCGGUGACCACCGAAACGACGAUAAAACUGGAACCGGCAUCAUCGUCGUCAUCGCCCAUUGUGACAGCAACUACAACGACGACAAUGUCCACCACCAUGAUCAAACAAGAGAAGCUGGAGAAUGGUCUCCCGGAGGCGAGCUUGCUGCAUCAAAAUGGUGGUGGUGGUGGCGCACAGGAGAACGGCGGCGGUACCAAAGCGGGAGGAGCGGUUGCCAAUAGUUGUUCGACGAUAGACAGACGAAGAGGAGGAGCGACGCAUCAUUACUACGCGAGGCGCCACAAUGCAAAAGCAUGUGAUUUGAACGAGCUGCUGGAGCUGGAUCUCGGUGCGGUUAAGAACCCACCGAACCCAGACGAACGCACGCUCAUACUAACGUCGACCGCGAACUACACGAUGACAUCCCGGAAAGGUCGCCCGGUAAAGAUUCAUCCCGCGGAAGACGAUGUGUUUGUGCUGGACCAUCGGCGGGAUUGGGACCGUGCGUCCGAUUAUCAGUAUCAGCGCGACACCGAGGUCGGAGGCGAUCCGUGGACGGCGGGUCAUACCGAACCGGACCCGCACGACUACAUCAUGGACACGUUCCGGGCGGAGUUUGUCAACAUUCCAUUUGCAAAGUACAUUAAAACCAGCGCCAAGUAUACGGAGUCGGUGAAAACGAACGGUAGCAACAGCAACCGAAAUGGCAAGCGGAUAGCAGCCGCCAACAACAACAAUAACAAUUGCUAUAUUGGUAAUGUAAGCAACAACAACAAUAGUGCAAAGUGUACGAGCAAAAACGAUCAUCAGAAGGAACCGGUGACGGCAGCAGAAUUGCCGGAGAAGGAGAAAACCACGACACCGGCGUUGAAAAAUACGUCCGAAGAUAGCACGACGGAGGAGAUGGAUGUGGAAGAGGAGAACGAGGAGGAGGAGAUGCUAUCGCCACCGAAGCGAAGGAAAGAGGAAUCAUCCGCAACGGGGGCGACACAACAGCAUCCACCACCACCGACGUUACGUACGCGUAAAGAUCACCAUAUCGCCCGUCUAAUGAAUGGCGAGAGUGGUGGUGAGGAGGAGGAAGCAAAGGAGAAGCCAGAAAGUGGUGCCGUCGGGCUGGACAAGGCAGUAGUUAAGAAUUGUAUAGCGAAGAAGGAGAAGCAGUCGACGAUGGUAGCGGAGAAGGAGGAGGAUGGAUCGGUGGAAGAGACGGCCGAGAGCAAGAUCGCCGCGACGAAACGAACAACUCCGACGCCGAUGGAUGCAGACUGUCGGGAGAUCGAUAUGGAGUUGGAGAAAACGUCUAGCCUUUCGAAUGGACCACAGGAAGCAGCUGCAGCAACCCCUGGACAUAACGCGGAGCUAGAGCGGGACAAUAGUAACAGUGAAACAAGCGAACCUACUACUGAUCGUGAGCAGAAGAGUGUAGUAAAAAUGGAAGAUAAUCAUCAGAGAUCGCCGCCGCCCCCAACGGUCAAUUCAACCGACGAAAGGAUGGAUGUGGACGAGCCGGCGAACGUGGACGAGACGUCGCCAGUGGUUGGAAGACCGACCGCAUUCGACAUCGCGGAAACGGUACGUGAUCCGGCCCGUGUGCUCAAGCGGCGUCGCAUGAGCGAUUACGAAGACGAAUGCUACACGCGUGAUGAGGCGAGCCUGUACCUGGUGACUGAAGGGCAGGACGCGCUCGCUCGACGCUGCGUCGCCAUCUCGAACAUUCUGCGCAAUCUCACCUUCCUGCCGAACAAUGAGACCGAGUUCUCGAAAUCGUCCCGCUUCCUGGCUAUCCUUGGCAAGCUGCUGCUACUGAACCAUGAACAUCCGCUGCGGACGAAAAAGACGCGCAACUAUGACCGUGAGGAAGAUGCCGACUUUUCCGACUCGUGCAGCAGUCUGCAGGGCGAGCACGAAUGGUGGUGGGACUUUUUGGUGCAAAUCCGUGAAAAUAUGCUCGUGGCGACGGCCAACAUUUCCGGCCAGCUCGAUCUGUCCCGGUUCGAUGAACCGAUAUCGCGCCCCAUACUGGACGGUUUGCUGCAUUGGGCUGUGUGCCCGUCGGCACACGGGCAAGAUCCGUUCCCUACGCUCGGACCAAAUGCGGCCCUUUCGCCUCAACGGCUAGCACUGGAGGCACUGUGCAAGUUGUGCGUGACGGACGCGAAUGUGGAUCUGGUUAUAGCGACACCACCGUUUUCGCGGCUCGAAAAGCUGUGCUCCGUACUAACGCGCCAUCUGUGCAAGAACGAGGAUCAGGUGUUACGGGAGUUCUCGGUCAAUCUGCUGCACUAUUUGGCCGCGGCUGACAGUUCGAUGGCGCGCACGGUUGCACUGCAGUCACCGUGUGUGUCGUAUCUGGUCGCGUUUAUCGAGCAGGCGGAACAGUCUGCGCUGGGUGUGGCUAACCAGCAUGGGAUUAAUUUUCUGCGGGACAAUCCCGACUCGAUGGGCACCAGUUUGGAUAUGUUGCGAAGGGCGGCCGGUACGUUACUGCACCUUGCCAAACAUCCGGACAAUCGGCCACUGUUUAUGCAGCAGGAGCAACGGCUGCUCGGGCUGGUGAUGAGCCACAUACUGGAUCAGCAGGUGGCACUCAUCAUCUCGCGCGUCCUCUACCAGUGUUCGCGGGGGACAGGACCACUGACGACAAUGGAGAUCGAAUCGGGAGGCAAAGCGGCGACAACCACCGCCACUGCCACCAACACCAACUCCAGUUCCUCCUCUACGUCUAACGCUACGUCUGUGAUGGAUACGAAAACGAAUGCUGAUGGUGGUGGGAAGUCAACUGCACUGACGACGACGGCGAUAUCUACUACGAACGGUGGUGGUAGCAGCAACAGCAGUAUAGCACCAUCAACGACAGCAGAUGCUUCGUCUCCAAGUGCUGGUGCGAAUGGGAGUAGUAGUAGUAGUGGUGCGUCGUCGAAUACCACCAAUAAUGGAGCAGGUACUUCGACGCCAGCUGCUGCAAUUAAUGGUCAAGUGACAGCAGAAGAAUUCGCCACACCUUCGACGCCCGCAAACGAUGGCGGUGGUGGAAGUGCGGAUCGUUCGGUAAACGCGGAAGCAUCCUCCAUAGCAACUACUGCUUCGACAGUGGCAAACUUUGACGAAACUAGCUCGUCAUCCUGCUCCAACACUGUGACGACGGAACACGGUACCAGUGCGGCGGUAAGCAAUGCGCCUGCUUCACCGGUAGCAGCAGCAACAGCAGCAUCAACGGCAGCAGUAAAUCCAGAUGGAACGCCCAACAGCAAUGCAGCCAGUAGUAGUAAUAGCAAUUGCAGCAGUAGUAGCACUAGCAGCAGCAACAGUACCGUUCCGACGAGUCCUUCGUCAGCUGUAGCGGCAACACCUACCUCGCCAGCCGCUAAUGUGGCCGCGGCACCGCCACAGCCAUCCUCCCAACAUCCGAUAACGGCUUCAUCGUAG